AUGGCUCGAAUCUCUUCCGUUUCAGGGAACCAGAUUGCAAGUUUGGAUGCCGAGGAGCUUGGCGGCCUGAUUGAGGUCCAUGGUUCUACAGAGAUUGCAAAGCUUCUGAUUGAAGCCGAAGCGAAGCCCGAUCAGGCAGAUAUUCAUGGAGCUACACCUCUGAGAGCGGCGGGUGAAGGUAGCUUCUUGGAUAUCUUUCGUGUGCUCCUAGAGGCGAAGGCGGACAAGGACCUUUCGGAUUCUGCAGGGGCAACUCCUUUGAUGGUCUUUGCGCGUGAGGGUUCCGCCGCUGUUGUACGCGCACUGCUUGAAGCGAGUGCUGACAAGAACCGUGCAGCUUUGGACAAAGAAACGCCGCUCUUAGCCGCUGCGCGAGCCGGACACUGCCACACGGUGCAUCUGCUGCUAGACGCUAGGUCUGAGCAAAGACCAGAUCGAACUGGUACUACUCCUCUCCAUGCGGCAUCCCAGAAUUCUCUGGCCGAGAUGGUAGAGCUACUGAUACUCCGAAGAGCUGACGUAGUGAAGACUGACCUGAAGCGACGAAGCCCUCUGCUGGUUGCAGCCCGGGCGGGCUGUGCGGAAGCUGCCGGUCUUCUGCUUGCUGCACAUGCGGAUUGUGAGGCUGGUUCAGUGGUCAAGGACACACCUCUCCUGGUUGCUGCAAUGCAUGGGCAUCUGGAAGUUGUGCGCUGGCUUCUCUGCUCUGCAGCACAGACAAAUACGCAAAAUUGUGAUGGCACCACACCUCUGAGUGCUGCAGCAGGAAACGGACAUGCAGGCAUCGUGCAGGAGCUCGUGUGGAGUUCUGCAGAGGUGGACAGAACUGACCAUAUCGGAGCCAGCCCGCUGUUGGUUGCCGCAACAUUCGGGCAAUUGCAGGCUGUCCAUGCUUUAGUCGAUGCCCGCGCCUCAGCAGACCUUGCUGAUCUUCACCACGAGACACCCAUGCUGGCCGCAGCUAGGGCCGGUUUCUCCGAGAUUGUGUUAACGUUACUUGGGGCCAGAGCAAGUCAUCAAGCGGAUGCCACAGGUGCAACACCCUUGAGAACCGCAUGCGCGAAUGGUCAUGCGGCGAUUGCCCAGGCCUUGCUGGAAUCCAGGGCAUGCGCCAAUGCAGCAGACAUUAAUGGAACAACCCCACUGCUGGCUGCCUCUCGGCAGGGUCAUCAAGGCAUUGCUGAAACAUUGCUCCUAGCUGGUGCUGACGCAGACCAGAGUGAUGCAAGUGGAGUCACACCUUUGCUGGCAGCAUCCGGCUUGGGCCACAUGACCAUUUUACGGCUAUUGCUGGAGGCCAAAGCCGAUAUUGAUAGGCCCAAUGCGAAUGAUGAGACGCCUGUGUUUGUGGCAGCCGUCCAGGGGCACAGCAAAAUCCUUCAGCAACUGCUAGCAGAAGGCGCAAACGAAACUAAGACUCAAGCAGCAGCGGUGGCAUUGGCAGAGGCGGGUUGGUGGAAGCUGCUUCCGGAAGUUCAAGCUUUGCUGUGCCCCGACGAUGAUUGCGGGCAACUGCCUGAAAAGCUGACCCCAGAUGAUAGGUAA